AUGGAUAUUGACUUUGAAUAUUAUACUACUCAUAUAGAUGAAUGGUGCCGUGAUGAUGACUUUUAUCAAUUACGAACUAAAGACCAGAUAUGCAGCAUAUUGAUUAAUUCAAGGCUGAAUUUCAACCAGUUUUCUGAAAUAUUAAAUCAUCUUCCAAAAUUUUACAAUCCACAAGAGAUAUUCGAAAUAAUUCAAAACAUUCAUAUCAAUACUAAUAGUACUUUUCACGAAUCUUCUUCAACUCUUCAAAUUUUGUCACAACUUCUCAGAAUACCCCUUCUUCAAGAAAUUAACUUAUCAUUACAAAACAAUUUACAAACAUCUGCCCAAAAUUUUCCAGAUAAAACUUCCAAAAAAUCUAAUGAUCAAAACACAGAAAUAAAAAAACAACAUAAUCAAGAAACAUACCAGAGCGAGAUUCCUAAACCAUCAAACAAAAACAUAGAACAAAAUCAAACAGAAAAUCAGCCAAUUAUUUCAAUUAAAAAUGAAAUUAUUGACAAUUAUUACAUUAAUCGUCUCAAAAAAUUAGAUCCAAACAAUUGCUAUUAUAAAGAUCUCUUUCCUCUCUUAAAUGAUAUUUUAAGGGCAAAUGAUUUAGAUGCUACAAAAUAUGCCAUUAAAAAUGGCUAUUUGGAAGUCAGAAACAUACAUGGAGAAACUUAUAUUACUGAAUUGGCAAUUAAAGGAUGGCUUGACUCUAUUGUUUUUCUCCAACAGAAUGGAGCAGAUAUUUCAAGUCCAGAUCAAGUUGGAAAAACAAUUCUUCAUUAUUUUUGUAUUUUUGAUAAUCUAAAAGGUGCUAAGUUUGCUGUCAAUUUUGUUAAUAUAAAUGCAAAGGAUAGUGAAGGAUUGACAGCUUUUGACUAUGCUAGAAAGAAGUCUAGUUCAAUUAUGAGAUUCUUAGAAUCUUUACCAAGAAUUGACACACAGGACCACAGAGAUCCAGAGAAAGAGGCAUUUAUCGCCAGAUUAACACGUGGAUUAUAA